AUGCGCCGCGGCCGCGACACCGACGAAAUCCGCGCCCCCGAGGACAUUCUGCUCCGCGCGAGCCGUCCGCAGCGGCACUCCUCUUUCCUGCCCACGCACCGCGACUGGCGCUAUCAAACAGGUGUGUAUCAGCAUGAAGAUUUCGAGGAGACGCAGAAGGACAUGAGCGUCUGGGAUGAGCUGGACUACGACGCUUCGAUCGGGGUGUUUGGGCGCGAGAGGCGGAGGGACAGGCGACGCGCCAUGACGCGUACGAGUACGUUUGGGAGCGCUAGUGGCGAGGAGGAGUGGGGUGGGAGUACGGGGGAGAGUGUGGAGACGGGCGGAACGGCGGAGGUUGAGACGCCAAAGAAGGUGGUGAUACCAAAAACGCCGAGGGCAAGCAAGAAGAUGUCGGAGAUGAUGGGACGGCCUCACAAUCGGCCAGAAGCAGAUCCCGCGACGCGGCCUUCGCGGGCUACCGUCGUUACGAAGUUCAAGCGCACCGAAGACGCGGUUGAUGGAGAGGACCAAUGGGAGAAAACAAACGUCCUUGUCCGCCUCAACUUCACUGGCGACAACAUUCGUGCGGUUCAACGCAUAUUGAAGAAUCUUCCACCGACCCCGCCGCAGACGCCCGGCGAAUUUAAGAUACCAAAGACUCCAGCGACCGCACGUACCGCGACGUCGUUCCAUUCUCAGCAUAUUUGGGAAUCCAUUGAGUCAGCCCAUACGUUUCCACUCUUCGAGCGCCUGUGGGUUGACGAGACUCAGGCCUUCAACAUGAAGAAGGUAGUAGCGUCGUUACGGACUCCGGAUAAGGAGGCGGAGGCAUUGCCGGUGGGCUUCAAUUGGUUUCCGGACGCGGUGCCUGUCGAUGCUAUAUUUCCGCCUGGAGUUCCGAUGUCUGCGAAGGAGAUAAAUGCGUAUUAUCCUCACCAGACGCGCUGGAAGGGCGUGAUUCUGCGUCUGGUCAACAACGAUUACCGUGGUGCGGAUCUCCUGGGCAUGCAGGCAUGGUUCCGGGGCCUAGCUGCUGGUGACCUCCCCAUCACUCCCGGCCAAAUGAACAUGUUUCUCCGCGAUGCUCUCCGCCGCAAGCUCCCAGACUUCAAGGCUACCGAUGGCCUCUGGAAAGGCAAACCCGACCGGAAUCUCUUCACCGACGACGCCCGCCCGGGUAAAUACAUUAAAGACAGACGCCAUGGCUUCAUAGUUCCGACGUUCGAUGACCUCCUCAAAGGACUGAAGUAUCUUCCCACCGGUCUGGAUGCUCGCGGCCUCACACAAUGCCUGGUCUGGUACUUGAACUUCCGCGACAAGUUCUCCCCGCGCCUGGAGUUGAACGUCCUGCACACACAGUCCCUGAUUCGCGCGCUUCGUCAGCCGCUGAAAGCCUUCGGGCCUCAGAACCUGGAUAUGAAUGCGUUAAAGGAGUGGAAGGAGAAGGGCACCUUCGCGGAGCGGCGCGUCGAGGAUGAAGAGCGGCGGUAUGAGAACACAGUCCGCGACGCGAAGGAGAUCCGGAAGUCACAGCUUGAGCUCAUCCCAGGCGAUGAGAGUAUCAAACUGCACCUGAAGUUGCACACGCGCCAUGUGCUUAUGCUGCCUUUUGUCGCUAUGCUGGGUAUGACCGGAAAGGCGUUGGAAAUGGGGGUGGAGAAAGCCGAGGAGCGGAAGGCAGAGAAGUUGGCGAAUGAGAAGAAACCUGAAGAGGAGGAUGCGGAGGCAAACGACAAGACGACCAACGAAACUGGAGAAGGAGAGCAACAAGACAAGCUCCGACCAUAUCGCAUUCCGAAGCGGCCACGCGUCGAAGAGAACGCACCAUCUGAGCGCCCUUCCAAGAUGAGCGUUCGGAAACGUUCACAGGUCCCGACGGCGCUACGACUUCUAUCCGCCUCUCCGGCGCCGGUAUCAUCCAGGCGGCCUAGUAGCGCCGCAUUCUCGUACCCUGGUGCUGCAGCAGAUCUUAGCGACCCGUCUUAUUCCCGCCGAGAGUUAUACUAA